UUUCUUUUGUUGUUUCUUCCUUUUACGUGGUUUGGGCUUUUCUUCAACUUUAAAUCUCCUUCCCUUGUUUAUCCCCUCUUUGAUUUUGAUCUUCUUUUCGUCAUUUGUGCAUCCUUCGCCGUUUGAUUUCGUUUUUUUAAUUUGUUUUUGUGAUUCUUGCUCUUUCUUAAGCUUUGUGUUCAGGUCUGCAGAUUCUUGAUUUUGCCAUUUUUCUUUGAUUUAUGUAAUAUCGGUGCCAUCUAAAUGCGUUCAAAAUAGCCCACUUUAUAGAUGAUCCCUAUACACACUUUUGAAUGCUACACCACCAUGAGUAUUGGUUCAAUCAGUGUUUGCACGAGGAACGUUAUCCCUCUGAACUUCCGUGUUUGCACACAGAUGGGCAGCAACAUCUGUACGGUGCUUUCCGGAAGAACACCAACUUCAUGCUGUUCUUAUGGAAUUUCAAGACCAAAGUAUGGUGAUCAAUCUGUCACGAUCAUAUCAUCUUGUACACCAAACACUUGCCAAAGAAUUCAGGGAGGCUGUCUCAGUUACUGCUUCUCGAGACGGCCAAAUGACUUUGAGGCUUUAACGGUUAAGGAUUUGAUCACCGACGGAGGAUCGCGUGGAAGAGGACUUGAAAUUUCACUGGCUUGCAAAGGUAUGAAUGCAAAGAUAUCAGUCCCCAGUGAUGGGAUGUGUAGCAAAAUCAAGUAUAACAUGCGAUGGCCAGAAAGAUGUGCUUCUGCUUCUGCUGGCUUAGUUUUUGGAUGGGUGGUUUGUUGUUCCACUUCUGAACCAGUCCAUGCUGAAGCAGCCUAUGACAAAAAGGGCAAUGAAGAAAACAAUGAUUCAUCUCAUGUCAAAUUCUCUCAUGGAAAGAAGGUUUACAUCGACUAUUCUGUCAUCGGAAUUCCCGGAGAUGGACGAUGUUUGUUCCGCUCGGUUGCUCAUGGAGCUUGCUUACGAUCCGGGAAGUCAGCUCCGACUGAGAGUCUUCAGAGAGAAUUGGCAGAUGAGUUGCGCACUAAAGUUGCAGAUGAGUUUAUCAAGAGACGCGAGGAAACAGAAUGGUUUGUGGAAGGCGAUUUCGAUACUUACGUGUCGAAUAUGCGAAAACCGCACAUCUGGGGAGGUGAGCCGGAGUUGUUCAUGGCUUCACAUGUUCUUCAGGCACCUAUCAUAGUGUACAUGUACGAUAAAGAUGCUGGUGGGUUGAUAUCCAUUGCUGAAUAUGGCGAUGAAUAUGGGAAGGAUAAUCCAAUCAAGGUUCUCUACCAUGGUUUUGGCCAUUACGAUGCUUUGCAAAUUCCUGCAAAUCAAGGACAAGCAGGUAGAUCAAAGCUUUAGUGUUCUAAUUCAAUCAAUUACAUCUUUUUUAUUCUAUAAAAUAAAUCCAAAAUUUGAUCGAACGA